ACGAUGAUUGGCAAGGCAAUCGUGAACGAGUCGGGGGCGACUUUCUUCUACAUCUCUGCGUCUUCGAUUGGCAGCAAGUGGGCGGGCGAGAGCGAGCAAUUGGUGCGCACUCUAUUCGCGGUGGCGGCAGCCAAGCAACCGUCCGUCGUCUUCGUCGACGAGAUCGACUCGAUGCUGACCAAGCGCAGCGACGACGACUCUGGAUUCCGAAGAGCAGUCAAGACCGAGUUCAUGGUGCAACUCGACGGCAUGUCGUCGACUCAAAACGAGUCCAUUCUCAUCAUCGGCGCCACGAACUGUCCCCACACGAUCGAUGAAGCCAUUCGCCGACGAUUUGUCAAGCGAAUGUACAUCCCGCUCCUCGCGACUGAAGCGCGCGCUCAGUUUAUCACUGCGAGACAUCAAGCAUGACCUCAGUGCCGACGACUUCAGGCGCGUCGCAG